GAUUUUUCCACUAAACCCCGUGUGAUCCAAUUAUUAAAACUGUAAUUAUUAAUUAGGCAAAAUUCAGUUCAACUAUCAGCAAAAACGUUACGAGCAAAAUAGAUCCAUAAUUUUGACAUAAUUUGUGAUGUCUAAAACCCAUGAAAGCUUAAUGACAAAAUUAUAUAAUUAUAUCUUCCGGUUAUCCUGCAUUUUUGGUGCAUUUUGCACCAAUUCUUUCAGUUGCUUCCCGUUUUGCGUUACCCAAAUUUUACAAUUUUUUUGUGCAUCCACUGUUAGUGACGAAUUUGUCCGCUUAAUACCUGCUAAGCCUCAUUGUGGGUACUCAUAUUUAUUGCAUUGGAUAAAUACCAAAUACAUACAUAAACAUACAUGCUCAUGGUCCUUAAUUGUUUUCAUAGUGUCUAGAUAUUCCAAAUGGGAAAAUCUUGAUGUGCUUUCUCCACGUAAGAACGGCUUCCGUCUCGAAAUGUAUAUAUGCGAGCGAAGACAUAGAAAACUCAGCCGCCAGCCAGUACUCCUCAUCAUCGUCACACAUGGAAUGUAAAAUCUGGUUUUAUAAACGUAAAAACGUUUAACAAAUCGUUUCAACAUUUCGAUUAAGCUAUAAAUUAAGGUUCCACUUUCUUCCAAACGUCACUUAUCCGCCCAACAAGUAACAGAGUCUCUUGUCAACUUCAAAUAACAAAUAAUAAUUAACAGAAUCGAAGUAUUUUAUUUCAUAUUUUAUGUAAACACGAUGACGGAAGUAAACAGCAAAAUAAUGAUGAAAAGACAAGGAGUGAAAGGAAAGUAUCGCCGUUUACAGUUGUAUAACGCAUCCCACAAAACUGAAGUUUUGAAGAUCAUGUGUAAAGUGACAGAAUUCCAGCUCAAUAAUGAGGAUACAACAAAUCAACCUGCCGAUGAGGAAAGAGGUGCCUUACAGUUUGAACUGUCAGAUGAUGACGAGCCUACCAAUACAACUGCUAGUACUACAAUCUCGAAAGAGUCGUUUGAGCCGAUAGAAGGGAAAUUGACCUGCAGCAGUUGUAAAAUUACUAUGGACGAUAUAGAAGAACUUCGACAGCACAACAAACAUGAUUGGCAUCGGUACAAUUUGAAGAUGAAAAUUAUGGGGCAGGUAUCAGUAUCAGAACAGGAGUUUUACGACAUGAUUGAUGAUUUAUCCAGCAUUGAGGGUUCAGAUUCUGAAGACGACUCAAUUGCUGGGAAUGAUCAAUCAGCAGCAGUAUCAAAGCUCAUGGACAAAAUUUCCAGAACAACAAUACUUGAAGAAUCUGAUGGGACUUGCAAGUCGAAAUUAUCAUCAGAGAAUGCAAAGUUAAUAAAUUCCCCCAAAACCUACUAUGAAAAUGAAAAUGGGUGUAUAUUUGGGAUAUACAAAUCUAUUGCUGAGGUUUUAUUCGACAAAAACAAAAAUAGAGAUAUGCUCCAGUUCUCUAAGCACUAUGAAAAUCCUUUAAAUAUGACAAUUAUUAUGGUUAGUGGGGGUCACUUUGCCGCAGCAGUGAUGCAAGGAAGCCAAAUAUUGCUGCACAAAACUUUUCACAGUUACACUGUUAGAGCUAAGCAAGGUGGGUCACAAGGUUCUCGGGAUUCUAAAAGUGGAACAAAUCACCCAAAAUCUGCUGGUGCUAGUUUAAGACGGUAUAAUGAGCAAUCGUUUGCCCAGCAUGUGCAAGACCUCAUGGAAGCGUGGAAAGGACGUGUAUCUGCUUGUCCAGUCAUAUUUUACAGAGCUGUUGGUUCGAGUUCAAAUGUUUUAUUUGGUGGAAAGUCUCCAUUAUUUCAACGCAGUGAACAAAGGCUCAGAACCAUCCCAUUUCCAACGAAUCGACCCACAUUUUUGGAACUAAAGCGUGUUCAGUCUUUGUUGACGACUUUACAUGUUUAUGAUGACAGGGAACAAUUUUUAUCAGAACAUUUGGUUAGCAAAACUCCUACUAGCAAAAGCCCAAAGAAAACAAAGAAAAUAGACAGAGCAAAAUCAAAAUCUCCCAAACGUGUUCAAGAUGACCCUUGUCCUAACGUAAUAAAUAGUGAAAAUAGUGAUUCAAGCGACUGUAAUGACGAGUUACAAGAAUGCUUAGAGGAAGUUAAUUUUAAUCAUUUAAAAGAGUUUGACGAUAGUUUGACAAUUGAAGAAAGACAGGAAAGAAUCAAAAAGAGAUCUAAGAAACCAAAAACCAAACCUGUUCAAUUUCCAAAGCCUGAUGGAGUUAUAGGAUGUCUGAUGGAUGCUGUGGUUCAAAAUUCGGUUGAACUGAGUAACCACAUUGCUACACUAAAACUUCAAUCGUCUGAAGCGACUCACGACGAAUUUCUAGCCUAUUUGAAUCAACCUGUGGACUCUGACGAGUCAAACUUGUUACAUUUAGCUGCAAAGAUGAAUGCUACUGUACUUAUCUGGGUACUACUAGAAUUGGGUUGUGAUCCAGCUACAAAGAAUAAGAAUGGAAGAGUCCCAUAUAGUUUUGCAAACAAUCCAGAAAGUCGUGCAGAAUUUAGGCGAUUUAUGGGUCAGUUUCCGGAUAAAUAUGAUUAUAAAAUGGCUCAAGUUCCGACACCGUUGACUGCAGAAAUGGAAGCAGAAAAGGCUGAAAAGAAGAAAUUAUUAAAUAAAAUUAAACGGGAAAAAGAGAAACAGAAAAAAAUGGAAAAGCAUCAAAAGGACAAGGAACAAGCAGAUCAAGAACGGUUUUUGAAACUGAGUGACAGAGAAAAGAGGGCAAUGGCAGCUGAGCAACGCAUUUUAGCACAAUGUAAAAGGAAUAAGGAAGAACUGCCUGUUCUUGUUCGAUGUUUUGACUGUGCUUGCGAUAUGACUGGAAAAGUACCAUUUGAAUAUAAUCAAAACAUAUUUUGUACUACCAAGUGCCUUAGUUCGCAUCGAAAAAAGUUUCCCACCCCAUUGUCCGUAUAAUAUGUAUUUUUAAAUACCAGUUAGUAAACAUAAGUCUUUGAUAAACUGUCACGUCUAGCAUAUACGGCGUGUGAUAAAAAUCUCGAGUUCGCACGGUAUAUCCAUACUACUUGAAUUUGCUCGAGGCAUAAAGUUGGAAUGAGAUGUUUUCCCAUCAUAUAUCCCAGUUAGUUGAGUCAGUCAGUGUUAAUCGGAAGGCUGGAAUUGUUGUGAUAAACUAAACUAAAAAUACUUGUACACAAGAUGCUCUUCCAAUCUUAAAUUAAAUGGUUAAACGUGUGCUAUUUAUAUCCCAGUGACCUUGUACAUAAAUCUCAUUAUAAAAGUGAUAUAGACUUAUUUUUAGGAUUGUGUGUACAAUUUUGCUGUUAUUUGGCUAAUAAUGAUAACUAGCGGUAGUUUCUUUUGAAGAAUAAACGAUAAUCGAUUAAUUGCUACUUUGAAAUA